CAUCCUCCCGGCGCCGCACCAACUGUGCGUUAUGACGCCAGAUCGUUCCACGGACGCAUUGCGUGCCUGGCAACUGGCGGCGCGGCUGAGCGGCCUCGUUAUGUAAUUUGCGGAUCGGGAUGCUGCUGCUGCUGCUGCACGGAUCAGAAUAGCAGGAAGAGACCUGAUGGAUGUCUGCUGCUGUGAUCAGUGACCGCUCCUGCGCGGCAGCUGCUGUGAGUAUAUAGAAGCAGAUUAUAAACCGCAGGAGCGCGUUCCGCCGUCAGUGGCCCUCCCGAGGUGCGCAGACAUCUGCGGAAGCAUCACAUCAUCCUUCUGUUUUUCUGCAGCCGACCAAAGGCGCGUCCCUGUUUUGGACUGUCUUUCAUAGCUGCCAGAGGACAGAAACCAAUGCGGGAUUGUCUCACAGAGGACACGGGAACACAUUUUUGUUUCAGUCGCGCUCCUUCCAUCCAGCAGCCAGAGCGCCGUGGAGGAGACAAUGGCGGGUCCGGAGCAGCUCCAGCAGCUAGAGGAGAAGGCAGAGUACAUAGAUGAUGCUGAGAUGGCUCUGCAGGGGAUCAACAUGCUGCUCAACAACGGAUUCAAGGAAAGCGACGAGCUUUUCAAGAGAUACAGGACACAGAGCCCACUGAUGAGCUUUGGAGCGAGUUUUGUCAGCUUUCUGAAUGCCAUGAUGACAUUUGAAGAGGAGAAGAUGCAGAUGGCCUGUGAUGACCUGAGGACCACUGAGAAACUGUGUGAGAGCGACAGUGCUGGAGUGUUAGAAACAAUCAGAAACAAGAUUAAAAAGAGUAUGGACUCCCAAAGGUCAGGCGUUGUUGUUGUGGACCGCCUACAGAGACAGAUCAUCGUUGCUGACUGCCAGGUGUAUCUUGCUGUUCUGUCGUUUGUCAAACAGGAAAUCUCAGCAUAUAUUAAAGGAGGCUGGAUUCUCCGUAAGGCGUGGAAGAUGUACAAUAAAUGCCACAGUGACAUCAGUCAGCUACAGGAGACCUGUCAGCGGAGGAGCUCCGGCAGCCAGGAGUCCCUCUCAGCUGACAACCACAACCACAACGCCCCAGUGGAGAACGGUGUGACGGCCAAGGCCCUGGACAGGCUCAAGGGCUCCGUCAGCUUCGGCUACGGCCUCUUCCACCUGUGCAUCUCCAUGGUGCCACCACACCUGCUCAAGAUCAUCAACCUGCUGGGUUUCCCUGGAGACCGUCUCCAGGGCCUGUCCUCCCUCAUGUACGCGAGCGAGAGCAAGGACAUGAAGGCACCUCUAGCUACGUUGGCCCUCCUGUGGUACCACACAGUAGUGCUGCCUUUCUUUGCUCUGGAUGGCUCGGAUACCCAUGAAGGACUGCUGGAGGCCAAAGCUAUUCUGCAGAGAAAGUCCGUGGUUUACCCCAACUCGUCCCUUUUCAUAUUCUUCAAGGGACGAGUUCAGAGGCUGGAGUGCCACAUCAACAGUGCGCUGGCCUGUUUUCACGAUGCAUUAGAUCUCGCAUCAGACCAAAGAGAGAUCCAGCAUGUGUGUCUCUAUGAGAUUGGUUGGUGUAGCAUGAUCGAGUUAAACUUCGACGAUGCCUUCAGAGCAUUUGAACGGCUGAAAAACGAGUCACGCUGGUCGCAGUGCUACUAUGCCUACUUGACUGGAGUGUGUCAGGGGGCUUCAGGGGACCUGGAUGGAGCUAGUGGAGUUUUCAAAGAUGUCCAGAAGUUGUUCAAGAGAAAAAACAACCAGAUAGAGCAGUUUGCUGUUAAAAGGACUGAGAGACUGAGAAAGGUCUCGCCCACCAGACAGCUAUGCAUCCUCGGGGUAAUUGAAGUCCUUUAUUUGUGGAAAGCACUUCCAAACUGCUCUCCAUCUAAACUGCAGAUAAUGAAUCAAGUGUUGCAGAGUUUAGAUGACACUUCGUGCCGAGGCCUGAAACACCUCCUCCUCGGAUCCAUCCAUAAAUGCCACGGAAACAUAAGAGAUGCUGUUCAGUCAUUACAGCUGGCUGCUAGAGACGAGUAUGGACGACAGAUAAACUCCUACAUUCAGCCGUAUGCCGUCUAUGAGCUGGGAUGUAUCCUUCUUGCCAAACCAGAGACAGUGGCAAAGGGUCGGUCUUUCCUACUUCAAGCCAAGGAGGAUUUUACCGGCUACGACUUUGAAAACCGACUUCACGUCCGAAUCCAUUCAGCGCUGGCUUCUUUGAAAGAGGUGGUGCCCCAGUAACGCCACGCUGCUACGGCUCAAGCUCCUCCUAGUUUAGGUGCCAUUGUUUGACAUCUUGGUGAAAAGUCCACUCGUGUUUUUCCUUCUCUGGUGACCUGACGGCGUCGCUGGGACAUGUUUGUCAUGUCAGGCGGUCAGAGUGAUGCUGGCUCUCUGUGCAUUUUGUAAAGCAACAGAUUACAACAAGUAGAUGUAACCUGAACAACUGAAACUUCCCCAAUUACAGCUUGGGCUAUCAUUGUUACUGCAGUCGUUAGUCAACUUUGCUCAUAUUUACUAAUUUAUCACCUACAUCACCUGCCACAUUUAGCAUUGUAACAGCUACGUUUUUAGUCACGUUUUUUAUUUUAAAAACGACAUUUAACCAAAAAUUAUUAUUAUUAUUAUUAUUAUGACCGAAAGAAUGAGAUCGCGGAUACAAGCGGCUGAAAUGAGUUUCCUCCGUAGGGCGGCCGGGCUCAGCCUCACCCCCAAAUUCCACUACCUCCGCUCCGACACGAACGCCAGAGCAAAAUCGGUCCCGUUGUAGUCAGUCAGAGCAAUUCCACUACUGCGGCCGUGCUCCGGCAGUGCGGCGCCGUGCGCCGCCCUCUGUUCCGGCGUCCGGCAAAAAUAGAAUUGAUCCUAUUUUCGCCGGAUGCCGGAGCACCUCCGCAGUAAAUGGACAGAAAUCACAACGGCCCAACAGGAAAAGGAGCAAGCACAACUUCCGUUUUUCACAAUAAAUCGAUCAACAAAAGGCGUUUUUUGUUUCAUAUGCACAGGUUUAACAACUUUUAACAACUAUCAAUGGCGGCUGAAGUUUAAAUGCACAAAAAUAAGCCAUAAAUACAGUUUCCACUAUCAAAGUAGUCACACUUUGUUGAUCCAAACACUGCUGAUCUCUACACACAAAUGAUGGGCAGAUUAAACAGUUCAUGCCGAUGCUUCUCCCACACAACGGGUGUUUGGAUCUAACUUCCGCGUUUAUUGCUCGGACUGUAUCGCAAGAUCUCGAAAAUCCCGCACAUGCUUGUUUGCCCCCUCAGGUCUCCGCACCGGAGAGGAGCCGUUGUAGAGCGGGUACCAGUAAAAAUUGAGUUCGGAAGCGAGCGGCUGCGGAAGGCGGGGGCGGGCCGGAGCGGAGGUAGUGGAAUUUGGGGGUUAGAAAUAGGGUGAGGAGCUCGGACAUUCGGGAGGGACUCUGAGUAGAGCCACUGCUCCUCCGGAUCGAAAGGAGUCAGUUGAGGUGGUUUGGGCAUCUGGUCAGGAUGCUUCCUGGACGCCUCCCUGGGGAGGUGUUUUGGGCAUGUCCUGCCGGCAGAAGGCUCCCGGGUCGACCCAGGACACGUUGGAGAGGUUACAUCUCCAAUCUGGUCCGGGAAUGCCUUGGGGUCCUGCCGGAGGAGCUGGUGGAGGUGGCCGGGGAGAGGACGGUCUGGAGCUCCCUAGUUGGGAUGCUGCCCCCGCGACCCGGACCCGGAUAAGCGGAGGAAGACGACGACGACGACAUUUAACCACACUUAGCUCCACAUAACAAUAAAACCGUGGUAGGAUUUUGAAUAAGUCUUUAUUCUAAAGCAUUUUGAGAGGAUCUACAAAAACCUCACAAGGCCUAAAAGUCAAGUAUAGGGUUAUUAUUAUUUUCAAAUUUGGAUCAAAAUUCUUUUCUAUUAUGACUUUUAACCAGAUGAUCAAAGUGAAAAUAGAACAUCAUUGAAAAAAGAACCACUUGCUUUUCGAGGUUUCUGUUGGCGUAUUUUCACCCAUCCAUCUUUUAUUUGGCGACUUCUAUUUUACGACACUCCGAAUUUACAAGUUUGAUAAAUAGUUCGAAACGACAACCUUUGUGUUUGGAUUUCAACAUUUAGGAGUAAAUGUAUUUAUUAUAUUUUAAAUAGAAAUUUAAGCUAAAUGUGGUCAAAUAUACAUGUAAAAUUUUGAAUGUAUAAUUUUACAAAAUUCACCCCAUUAAGACGUGGUGAGGUUUGAAGAUUCUGUAAAAAACAACAACAACAAGAAAAGCGAUAAAGAUGUCUGAGGGUGCUUUAGACUAACGCUAGGCCAAAGUGUCCUCAGCCUGUUUCUGGACUGAAUGCACAGAGAUUACAUUUCUGCCAUGGACAAAAACAAACACACGCAUUUCAUCAGAUCUGAAUUUCUCUUUAGAUGUUUUCUUUGGUGCUUGGCUUUCCUGUUUGGUAUCAUUUUUACACACUAACUUGUAUAUUUGAAUAACUCAAAUUUUGAAUUUCCCUCCAGUCAGCAUCUCAGCACUUAAACUCUUCAAAGAACAUAUUUCUAACAGCAACUUUACCAAAAAACAGCUGCUAACUGUUUUCAGAUUUUCUUUAAUCUAGUUUCCUCAAUAACAUUUCAAAAUCGUAAAUAACAAUUCUUCAUCACUAUUUUGCAAAUCAGUGAAAAGUACAGAAAUUUUAUGAUUUAUUUUCAAUGAAAAAAUAAAUAUCAGUUGAAAUUUUAACAUAACUGAAAAGUUGUCUCCUAAUAUGGUCUCUUUUUGCUAAAUUCAGCGUGCAAACCAUCUGUCUACCUAAAAUGGGAAUUCCAUAACAUACCGCUCUUGGGUCCUCAGUCCCCCGAGGCGCAGAUGCAGCCUCCAGUUUAGGAGCAGCAUCAAAGUUUAGCGUUAUCACAAUUAAAAUGACUUCACCGACUCUCUGCUAGAAUCACAGUAGACAAAUUUUGAAAUAAGACAAAUAAUAGAGAUUUGAAUAUUGAAUAAAUAAGGGAGCAGUUAGACAAAUCAUGUGGUCACAACAUAAAAGGCACACCUGUGUUUUAACAUAUUGCAAAUAUAAAGCAAUCGCAUCAAAUGUGAAAUAAAGUAAAAUUGAAAAAUAGUUCUGUGGAAAAUAUGGAAAAACAGGAUGAACCGUUCUUGGUUCCUUUUUUUUUUUUUUUUUUUUUUUUGGUUCUUAUUCAAGAUUCAAAAGUAGGCCAGACUCAGAAACAUAACAAACAAGUGCUAACAUCAGUGUAGGUGCUGGACAGCAGGUGUGUGGGUAGAACAGGUGUGCAAUGGGCCUGACGUCUGGCGGGCUGAAAAACACAAAAGGGAUUACAUAAAUGACAACAAAGUCAUUUAUUCUAAAUUUGUAUUGAAAUUAGUUCAUAAUAUUCAUUGUUAAUUUUUUUUAAUUUCUAGGUAAAUAAAAUGCGCUUUAGUGGCAUUGAAGCUGCUUUACUGGUUUGUCAGUAUUAGCAAUAAGGCUAAUUCAAACGUGUGAUCUUGUUUUAGACAAACAAUAUUCAUAUGUGUAAUUCAAACAUCGCUUUUUCCUGAUGAUUUUACAGAAAACAGCCUUUUUUGUGUAAAUGAUGACAUUUAACAGUGAGCACUCUGAUUUAGUUAUCUGAGCAAUAUGAACAGAACAUUAUGUAAUCUCACAAAGUCUUUCAACACUAGUGUGUUUCAUUUCCUGUUCUAAUUUGUGGACUUCCAUGUUUAUUUCCCUCUUAUCCUGACCUACAGAGACAAUGCUCAUCAUCCCCUUUGGCUGUGAAGGAUGUAAAUUGUUGUAAAUGCUGAGAUGGCUGCUGUGCAAAAGGUCGGUGCAGUGGAAAUCACAUUACGGUGAAAUGUCAGUAACAAGUUAUCUACCUAGUGUACCAAACACCUCUGUCACGAGAAGGUUUCCACCCUUUGUCUUGUGUUUAUGUUGAGACUGAGGUUAUGAGUUAAAUGUCACUAAACUGAACAAUAAACUGUUCUCCUUCAAUAGAAGCAAAGACUUUUGUCUCUGAGUUUCUCUCUGUAAACUGGUUGUUUAUAUGUUGUACGUCGGUGUAAGUUGAAGACAAUAUGAAAAUACUCAUAGCUACAUAUAAAUCUUCCUCUGGAAUAACUAGCAUAAAACUGAGGAGGUGCAAUAAUACAUAAUACAUAAACACAGACACAGUUAAAUUGAACAGGACAGUCAGAUUUAAUUGGUUGUUCUCAUCCCUGUGUUUUCCUGCACAAUCCACCAGGGGGCGCGAUUUCCACGCAUGAUCACAUGAUGGUGAUCAUGAUCAAACCGGAAGCUUGUUUCCCCCACUUGGAGAGUAGGACCUGGCUGCAGACAUCAGCUGGUGUGUCGAGAGCAAGAUGGCGUGUCAUUACUUUUACCGGAAAAUCGACGAGCGAAAGACCUCGGCAGGAAGUUGGUCUUUUUUGGCGGCUGCUACGUUGUUUUUGUUUCAACCAUACUCGGCGGGUUUCAAUUGAGGAAAGGACAAUCGAGGCUUUGAAAAAUGGAACCCAGGCAGUGAUUUCAGAUGGUGAAAUCAAGACUGUGUAUAAGGAUCUCUGCAGCGGUGGAGUGAAGUCUGGCCUCAUGUAUCUGUGGCACAAUCCAGGUGUCUCGCUUAAAUUAAAGCAAAGACUAAAGCCACUGAUGUUCCACUUUGCUGAUGCACAGGUUGACGAGCUGACAGAGCGGAUUGGUUCAUGCUCAGGAAUAGAUAAACUAAUAAAGAAGAGAGAGUUCCAGUUUCUGGACUUGGUGUUUGAUGUCCUUGUUCCAGAGGUACAACGCAGUCUUCAGCAGUGAUUGGUAUAAAAGUUACUUUUCGAAAACAUUUGACAGUGUAUGAAGUAAUCCUUAACAGAGUUUGGUGGCAGGAGAAUCUCGUCUCUGCUUUUUGCGGAUGAUGUGGUCCUCCUAGCUUCAUCCAGCUCUGACCUUCAGCUCUUGCUGGGUAGGUUCGCGGCCGAAUGUGAAGCGGCUGGGAUGAGGAUCAGCACCUCCAAAUCUGAGACCAUGGUUCUCGACCGGAAAAGGGUGGCUUGCCAACUCCGGGUCGGGGGAGAGGUCCUACCUCAAGUGGAGGAGUUUAAGUAUCUCGGGGUCUUGUUCACGAGUGACGGUAGGAGGGAUCGGGAGAUCGACAGGCGGAUUGGUUCAGCAUCUGCAGUGAUGCGGACGCUGAACCAAUCUGUCGUGGUGAAGAGGGAGCUGAGCCGGAAAGCCAGGCUCUCAAUUUACCGGUCGAUCUACGUCCCAAUCCUCACCUAUGGUCAUGAGCUUUGGGUAACGACCGAAAGAACGAGAUCGUGGAUACAAGCGGCCAAAAUGAGUUUCCUCCGUAGGGUGGCCGGGCUCAGCCUUAGAGAUAGGGUGAGGAGCUCGGACAUCCGGGAGGGACUCGGAGUAGAACUGCUGCUCCUCUGGAUCGAAAGGAGCUAGUUGAGGUGGUUUGGGCAUCUGGUCAGGAUGCCUCCUGGACGCCUCCCCGGGGAGGUGUUUCGGGCAUGUCCUGCUGGCAGGAGGCCCCCGGGUCGACCCAGGACACGUUGGAGAGGUUACAUCUCCAGUCUGGUCCGGGAAUGCCUUGGGGUCCUGCCGGAGGAGCUGGUGGAGGUGGCCGGGGAGAGGACGGUCUGGAGCUCCCUAGUUGGGAUGCUGCCUCCGCGACCCGGACCCGGAUAAGCAGAGGAAGACGACGACGUUGAAGUAAUCCUGCAUGUUUUUCAGGUAACAAUAAAAGUGUUGGAAAAAUGGGAGGGGAUGAAUCGAUAUGCAGCUGAGAAAGCCAUGCUUCAGCAAAUUCAUUUGUACCCAAAAUAAAAUGGUUGUGAAAUCAA